ACGAAAAUGUUUGCACGUAUAUAUGCAUCUGCAUGUAUGCAAACUGUGUUCUAUGUUCCCAGCACAACUGGGUGUGCGGUGACAGCUGGAAGCAGUAUGUUCUCCACACGACCUUCUGGAUUGGGUCGAUGGCGGGGUACGUCACAUCUGGAUUCCUCGCUGACAGGUUCGGACGUCGGGUGGCCAUUGGUUGCCUCUCUGCUGUAAGCGCUCUGGCCAAUCUGAUGCCGCUCGUCAUCUCACAGCACUGGGGCCUGGCUGUGGCUAGGCUCAUCGCUGGCUUGGGCGCUGAGAGUGUCUGCUCUACGAUUUUCGUUCUAGUGAUCGAGUUCACCAUUCCCGAGAGGCGCACGCUCAUCGGCUUCGUGUGGGCCUUCAGCUGGACCAUCUUGGCAUCUUCCUAUCCCUGGUACGCCGACCUCAUCCAGAGCUGGCGAGGGCUGGUCGUCACUAAUUCGGCGCUCAGUGUCGCCAUACUGGUCAUUCUUUGGUUUGUGCCAGAGUCUCCGAGCUGGCAUCUCACAGCUGGCCGGAGGGACGAGGCCAUUCGAACCCUCACCAAAAUCGCCAGGGUCAACGGGCGACGGGAGAUCACCGAGGACGACUUCAAGACACUACAGAUAAAGACGGCGGAGGUGACCCAGUCGGAGCAGAAGAGGAGCUUCUGGAAAGACACCCUUGCUAUGGUGGCGACCCCACGCCUACGGAGGAAUACUCUGGUGCUGUUCGGGGGAUGGUUCCUCAUCUGCCUUGUCUACAACGCCAACACGCUAGAGCUGAGCCAUCUAGGCCUGAACGUGUACGGCACCUAUUCGACGGCCAUCGCGUUCGAGCUUCCCGUCAACCUGUUCACCAUACUGGCGCUGGACAGGCUGGGACGGCGGUGGCCCAACGUGGGCUUCAUGUUCAUCGGCGGCACCAUUUCCCUAGUCAUGGCCCUGCUCAGGACUGACUCGUCGGCAGCAACGCUAGUGAUGGCUGUGAUCUCGAUCGUGUGCUACGCGGGUGGCUACAACAUCACCUAUCAGCUGGCCUCCGAAAUAUUUCCCACCGAGAUAAGAGGCCGGGGAGUGCUGAUCAAGCGGCUCUUCGGCGACAUCGGCAGCUGCCUGGGUGCGGACGUCGCUUACCUGGUGGAGUACGACCGGUAUCUGCCGUUGCUGGUGAUGGGCGUGUUGUCGCUGCUGGCUGCGCUUCUGCUCUUCUUUGUGCCAGACACAGUGCACGAACCGUUGCCACAGACAAUCGAGGAUGGCGAGGAGUUCGCAAAAGACCAGGGGCUCUGCUUUUGUCCCGUGCUCGUCACCAGGUUACCAGACCGGCAAGACAAGGAGAUGAGAGACAAAUCGAAUGGAGAGCCCGUCAAGGACCAGGAAAUCGUUACGCACUUGUAGAAGUACAAGUGAGCAACCACUUCAUCGCCAAUGACAUACCCCUGUUAUGAAAA